AUGAUCGAACGUCGAAUACAUAGAAAGAGGGCAGACGCUUUCUACAAACAUGCAAAAGAAGAUUCUCCAAAUUCAAUAACUUUUUGCUUUGAUAUGCAGCAAGUGCAACCAUUGCCUCGCACCCCCAUUUCAGAUGCCUUUUACUCUCACCAAGAGAGUCUCUACAUAUUUUGUUGCGUUGAAAUGAACUCAAGGCACCCUACAUUUUACACCUGGACUGAGAUACAAGCUGGUCGUGGGUCAGUUCAGAUAGGUUCAGCUCUAUUAAAUUAUUUGGAUUCACUGGAACUCGAAGACAUUGAAGUAUUAAGACUAUUUUGUGACGGUUGUGGGGGCCAGAACAAAAACUCGCAUAUUGUACAUGCGCUUUAUUUUUGGCUCAAAAAUAGGCCCCCCGGCACUUUAAAAGAAAUCCAGUUGACUUUCCCAGUUCGAGGACAUAGCUUCCUUCCAGCAGAUAGGGUUUUUGGCUGUGUGGAAAAAUCUUUAAGAAAAAACCCAACAAUAUUAAGCAAGGACGAAUACUUUGAAAAAUAUUCUGAGUUUGGAACUGUGAAAGAACUUGGCAUUGAGUGGAAUCUUUACGACAUUAAAAAUCUGCAAGAUUGUCUUAAGAAAAUUGUAGGUAUUUCCGACUACAAGCGAAUCCUUAUCAAGAAAUCCCGUAAUAAAAUAGGACAAGAUAUCGUGAAAGUACAAUGUCAUCAGAAUUUUAGACUGGAAAUUUUAAAUGAAGUGCCCCAACAAAUUCUUAAAAAACGAAAAGAAGUUCCAAUAGUAUUAGAAGAAAUUCCUUUAACGCGAUCUCUUCCCGAGAAAAAGAAAAAAUCCCUAGCUCAUCUGAUGGCUCAACAGUUUGGUACAACCUGGGAGAAUAAUGAAAAUCUAGCGUGGUACAAAAAUAUAUUGCGUGAAGCUCCACUUGAAGCAGGUGCCGUCGAAGUUCAAGAACAAAAUGAGAACGAACUUUGCGAUUGCCUCGAGGAUGACCAAGGAAUACAUAUUUAA